AUGGGACCACAGAACAACACAUGGGUGGCAGAGUUUAUCCUCUUGGGUUUCUCACAGAUCCAAGAUCUCCAGAAAUUCCUGUUCCUGCUGUUCCUUCUUGUCUAUGUCAUCACAGUUGUAGGAAACCUCCUGAUCAUGGUCACAGUGACUUUCGACCCGCGGCUCCACACACCAAUGUAUUUUCUGCUCCGAAACCUGGCUGUCAUCGACCUCUGCUAUUCCACAGUCACCUGCCCAAAGAUGCUGGUGGACUUCCUUCAUGAGACCAAGACCAUCUCCUACCAGGCCUGCAUGGCCCAGAUCUUUUUCUUCCACCUGCUGGGAGGAGGGACUGUCUUCUUCCUCUCCGUGAUGGCCUAUGACCGCUACAUAGCCAUCUCCCGGCCCCUCCACUACCUCAGCAUCAUGAACACUCGCCUGUGUGUGGGCCUGGUGGUGGCGGCCUGGCUGGGGGGCUUUGUCCACUCCAUCGUCCAGCUGGCUCUGAUGCUGCCCUUGCCUUAUUGUGGCCCCAAUGUCCUAGAUAACUUCUACUGUGAUGUCCCUCAGGUGCUCAGACUAGCCUGCAGCGACACAUCCCUCCUGGAGCUCCUCAUGAUCUCCAACAGUGGACUGCUGGUGCUCAUCUGGUUCCUCCUCCUUCUUGUCUCUUACACUGUCAUCCUGGUGAUGCUGAGGUCUCACUCAGGGCAGGCGAGGAGGAAGGCAGCUUCCACCUGCACCACCCACAUCAUCGUGGUGUCCAUGAUCUUUGUCCCAAGCAUUUACAUCUAUGCUCGGCCCUUCACUCCCUUCCCCUUAGACAAAGCUGUGUCCAUCAGCUACACGGUCAUGACUCCCAUGCUCAACCCCAUGAUCUACACCCUGAGGAAUGGGGAGAUGCAGGCAGCCAUGAAGAGAUUAGGCAAGCGGCUGAUGAUUUGCAGCAGAGAGUGA